AGAAGGGAAAAAGAUAAGUAGCAAAAACCCCAGAAGGGGAUGAUUCAUACUCAGUGUAACCCGGGACGGAUAGAGGAAGGCAGAGAGCACAGUAAGAAGCGGCAACAAUGGAGAAAGCAAAGAAGAAGAGCACCAAUAACGACAAGAACAAUAGCAACAAAUCUUCGAAACCAGCUAUAACACUCGAACAGUUUGUCUCAAUCAUGACUCCUCUGAUUGACUUGGAAAAGGAAGCUGAGAUUUCAGCUUCGGUGAGCUCCGCCGAGACGAGAAGUUUGGAUGCUGCUCAAAGGAAGGGAUCCACUAUUCUCAAUUUGAAGUGUGUAGAUAUUCAGACAGGGCUGAUGGGCAAGACUAUUAUCGAGUUCCAGUCCAAUAAAGAGGAUGUUCUUCCCCCUCACAAGUUUGGCACCCAUGAUGUCAUUAUUUUGAAACCAAACAAGGCUGAUUUAGGCUCUCCUUCACUUGGACAAGGAGUAGUUUACCGACUCAAGGACUCAUCUAUCACUGUUGCUUUUGAUGAUAUUCCAGAAGAGGGAUUAAAUAGUCCAUUACGUCUUCAGAAAGUGGCAAAUGAGGUGACAUAUCGCCGGAUGAAGGACACAUUAAUACAAUUGAGCAAAGGUGUUCAGAAAGGCCCUGCUUCUGACUUGGUUCCUGUUUUGUUUGGAGAGAGAUCACCGACAGUGUCUAAGAAGGAUGCCAAGUUCACCCUCUUCAAUUCCAAUCUUGAUCAUUCCCAGAAAGAUGCCAUUGCAAAGGCUCUUUCAUCCAAGGAUGUAUUUUUGCUGCAUGGACCUCCUGGAACGGGGAAGACAACCACUGUUGUUGAGAUCAUCUUACAAGAAGUGAAACGGGGAUCGAAAAUUCUUGCUUGUGCUGCUUCAAACAUUGCUGUUGAUAACAUUGUUGAGCGGCUUGUUCCUCACAAAGUGAAGUUGGUGAGAUUGGGGCAUCCUGCUCGCUUACUCCCUCAAGUAUUAGACAGUGCUCUAGAUGCUCAGGUGCUUCGCGGUGAUAAUAGUGCACUUGCAAAUGACAUACGCAAGGAGAUGAAGGCUUUGAAUGGGAAGUUGUUAAAAGCUAAAGAUAAAAACACUAAGAGAGACAUUAGAAGAGAGCUCAAGACUCUUUCCAAGGAAGAGCGUAAAAGGCAGCAACUAGCAGUGACUGAUGUAAUCAAGAAUUCAGAUGUGGUAUUAACAACCUUGACUGGCGCAUUGUCCCACAAGUUGGACAACACUUCAUUUGAUCUAGUUAUAAUUGACGAAGCUGCCCAGGCACUUGAAAUAGCAUGCUGGAUUGCUCUACUGAAGGGUUCAAGGUGUAUAUUAGCUGGAGAUCACCUCCAGCUUCCUCCAACCAUUCAAAGUGUUGAGGCUGAGAAGAAAGGAUUAGGGAGAACCUUGUUUGAACGUAUUGCAGACUUGUAUGGGGAUGAAGUCAUGUCUAUGCUCACUGUCCAGUACCGCAUGCACGAGCUUAUAAUGAACUGGUCAUCCAAAGAGCUUUACGACAGUAAGAUUGAAGCACAUGCGAGUGUUGCUCAGCAUAUGCUGUAUGAACUUGAGGAUGUGAAAACGUCAUCUUCAACAGAGUCAACCCUUGUCCUCAUAGACAUAGCUGGUUGUGACAUGGAAGAAAAAAAGGAUGAGGAAGAUAGCACAUUGAAUGAGGGUGAAGCUGAGGUUGCUAUUACCCAUGCAAAAAGGCUUGUCCAAAGUGGGGUGCGAGCUUCUGAUAUUGGAAUAAUCACCCCUUAUGCAGCACAGGUUGUCUUGUUGAAAGUGUUGAGAAGCAAGGAAGACAAGCUCAAAGAUAUGGAGAUCUCUACAGUUGAUGGUUUCCAAGGUCGAGAGAAAGAAGCCAUCAUCAUUUCAAUGGUGCGAUCAAACUCAAAGCAAGAGGUUGGAUUUCUGAGUGACCGCAGGAGAAUGAAUGUUGCCGUGACACGAGCAAGAAGACAAUGUUGUCUUGUCUGCGACACAGAGACUGUCAGUAGUGAUAAGUUUUUGAAGCGUUUGAUUGAGUACUUUGAAGAGCAUGGUGAAUAUUUAAGUGCUUCAGAAUAUGCACAUGAUUGAGUUCUUGAUUAUUUGAAGAAUUUGUAUUGGUGGUAUACUGAGAUUUGGAGAAAACCAGCUUACCCCUUGGUGCUGCACCUUCAGAUGCAUUUUACCAUAUUUUGAAACAGAAUAGUUUCAUGUAUAAGUAAUUCAUUCAUUUACGAUGCUGGCUAUGAUACUCUUAUUAUCCAAUGGCAUAUGAAACAUUUUGCCGCGAAUUUUGAAUUGAUGACUUGCAAUGCAAUCAUGCAAAAUUAUGUCUGAA